AUGUCCAACCGGUACAAAUUUAUCUACAAUGCUUGUGUUGAGUUCUUCGACGUGACAGUGCUGGAAAACGGUGACGUCAUAAAGGAGUUCCUCCAGAACGACGACGUGACCGUACUGGCGGCCGUUUCGGUAGACGGCGAGGUGUUGCUGCAGAACGUCGUCCCGCUCGAGGACCAGUAUGGGCUGCUGUUCUACAAGAUACCGAACCUGGACUUCAGUGGGCACACGGGCCCAGCCAAAAUAGGGCUCCUGACGCUCGAGGGCGGUUUGGCAAAGUCCAUCUACAACACGCUGCAGCGCGUCUUUUCGCCAUACAUAUUGAAAAAGUCCGAGUACCCGGCGGAAAUACGGGGCCUGCUGCAGAACCUACACUCUAGCCUGGGUCUAUCGCUGGGGCUUACCGAGUCGGGCAUUCUGUCACUGCAGGAUGAGGUCGGUUUCUGGUUGCACAAGACGAAAUCCCUGCCGACCAAAGCGGAUCGCGAAACGGCACGCUCGUUCGCGACGAUGUUGGAAAAGAUCAGCCAACAGUUUGGUGAAAACGAAACAAUGAGCCUGAACAAGCUGGACGAAAUGAUCGACGUGUGCCAGACGGUGUUGGAUGAAAUAUGGCGCUUGCCCAACCAUUACCCCCAGAACCGGAUGUGUAGCAUUUUCGACAUGAUUUCCGUCCGUGUGGUCGCAUCUUGUACAGAACACCUUACGGAGGUGGACAUGUGGGACAUUGGAACGGUGGCUCAGGAUGACGCUAUUGGGCACGUGAAAGAAACGCUCGAUUCGUGGAUUCAAACGUUCGACUCACUAACGCGCCUAUUCUGGCCCAACUACGAGCCCCAUCCGUGGAUGGGGGAACCGUACCGGUCGAAGCUUUUGAGCAAAUUUCAAACACGGUACAAGGAGAUCCUAGAAAUAAGACACGUGAAAGAUUUACUGUACGCAUUAUUCUUCGAGAGUGAACAAUAUUUUCCUUUGGUGAACGAAGUGGCAUUACCCUUUCAUGGUAUGAACAUUUACGACCUAACGCCGCUGGGAAAUAAACGAUGGGAAAUGGCGAAAGCCAAAAUGGAACACGCACUCGCAAAGAUCGACGAGCGUGCGGCGUUUGUGCUGCAGCAGAAGAUCCUCGAAACCGGUGGCAAUCCCCGGCAUGCGGUGAUGGUUUUCAACCGCUAUCGGGAAUUACUCACCCGUCCGCUCGUGCUGGAAACGCUCGCCCCGGAGAGGAAUCAAAUUUUCCGCAAUGUCGAUACCAUGCUGAGGGAGCUUCGCGAGCUCCUGUCCGGGACUAAUUUCACCGAGAGUGACGUGACCCCGAUUGUGGCGGAGACACGCUGCUACCGGGUGGUCGAGGACGAGCUCGGUCAACUCGAGACCAUCGUCGCCAGCUUGUGCCGGGAUCGGGAAGGCCAUGCGGAAGUGCUGAAAAGAAUAGUUGAGUUCAAGGAGGAAAUGCAGGCGCUCGUACGGGGCAACUUUGAAACGUGGACCGAAAACUCCAUGAUGGCCAUCCGUGAUGGAGUUUUAAGUCUUCGCGAAAACCAACCCGUCGUGGUGUUCGAUAAGUCGGACAAUCAGCUUAUGAAGGUAACGUUCGGGCCGAAACUGGUCACCUUCAUCGACGAGGCACGCCAGUUGCAGAACCUCGGCUUGAAGCAUACGCCCGAGAUCCUGCGCAACGUGUCACACUCGAUGCGGUUUGUAGCACACGCUAGGCGCCUGCAGCAAGUGGCCACAUUCCACAACACCAUCGGGGGCGUCAUGGUGCCCUGCGUUCGUCCGAUCAUGCUGAAGAACGCCAUGGAGUUUUCGAAGCUGGUCAAGAGUGAAUCGGUGUCGUGGAGCGAGGAGGAUUCCGUCGAGCGGUACAUCGAGGCAUUACAGGAUGCCGUAAAGCGGCUGCUGAAAGACAAUAAUCUGCUCGCCGGAUACCACGAGCAGGCCCGGAAGGCCAUACUGAAGCUCAUGGAGACCGAUUUGAUACGCCAGGCGGGUGUGUGGAAGGAGGAGAUACGGGGUUUGCGAGAAAUAGUUGUCAGUAUGGAGCGCCAGGGGUAUGGGAAUCUGAACCCGUUCAAGUUUCACUGGGACCACCAGCUGUACAAAGUGCUCGAGUAUCAGUACAUUUCCGGGCUACUGGAUGUCCAUCAAAAGUUGCCUGAAAUUCACGUCGAUCUCAUCUUCCGCCAGCAGCGCAUUCAGUUUCGCCCCACACUAGAAGAGAUCAAGUCCCGGUAUUACUCACAGGUGCGCCGCUUCAUCGAGAAACCGGUCAACUUCAAGGGGCUCUCCGACCAGAGCACCACCCUCUUCAAGACAAUGAUCGAUCGGAACUAUCAGCACUUUGGCGUGAUCUAUGAAAAGUCGGAGAUCGUGUUCCGGCAGCUGCUCGAGUUCCGCGACAGUUGGCUACCGUUUGUGGCGCUCGGGAUGGUCGACCUGGAGCAACUGUGCACGAUACACUGCACAAGCUGGCAGCACUGGGAUAACAACUUUCGUGCGUGCAAACGCUUCAGCCAACAGCUGGCCCGGGUUCAGGAGCGCGAGAAGGAGAUCGACUGUCUGCUGAUAAACUACGCUCCGCUGUGUAGCGACAUCGAGGCGCUUAGUCGGCGGUACUGGGAGGCGUUGGCCGGGAGUCUCCGUACGUCCAUUCUCGACAGUAUUGCUGAGAUCCAGGAGUACCUGGCGUACUCAUUCAAUGUGCUGCAGAACAUUCCCCAGGAUGAGCUGGGGAUUGCGGAGUCGAGCGCAAAGUAUGAGAAGAUCAUCCACGAUCUGCCCAAGAUGAGUGAGCUGAUGAAGUCGCUGCAGGGUAAGGACACGUGCUUGGCCGGUUGGUGCAAGGAGCGUGUGUCCGCGCUCGGUGGCAUCUUGCUGCAGUGGAACCAGCUUCAGCCACUUAUCGACAAUCACCAAACGUUGCUACAGGGACGGCUCGAUAUAAUCAAAGAGAACAUCCUACGACAAAUCAAUGAGUUGAAUGACGAGGCUGAAAAGUUCUCCAUUCGUUGGGAGUCGACCAUAAAAGAUUUGGAGACCAAUGAAAAUGCGGAUAUGUCUCUGUUCCGCGACCGGCAAUCGCAAUGGAAACAGAUCCUGAACAAGCGAGAAACCCUCAAUAAACAGACGGAAAAGUUUAAUAUAUCCGUACCGAAGGAGUUCGACGAGAUAUUCACCAACCUGGAGCGUGAUAUCACGGACCAGGGGAAAAAUUGGGAUAUAUUCAAUGAGUUCCUCAACGAUUACGACACGGUAGCGAACGAGGAGUGGACAAUCUACCGACGUCGGCCGCACAUCCUGACUGAUUUCAUUGGACGCUGGGAAAAGGCGCACUCCAACCAGCCGCAGGUCAGCGUAGCAAGCGCGAGGAUAAGUGGCACGAUCGAUCGGUACAAGGGAGCGCUACCGGUUCUCACCACGCUCCAGUCGGACGCACUGAUCGAGAAGCACUGGGCAAAGUUGUGCAUGAUAUUGGCCAUCGAUUCGAGAUCGCUGCACGAUCUUUGCCUGGGCGAUGUACUCGGCGCGAGUGAGCGGCUGCAGGAACAGGCAGGUGAAAUUCAAACGAUCGUUCGAAGUGCCGCUUCCGAGCACGUCAUCCGGCAGGCGAUCGUCGAGCUGGAACAGUGGAGCGUCACGGCGAUGCUGAAGCUAACCGACUACAUCGACUCGAAGGGUGCACCGAUGAAGCUGAUCAAGGAUUACGUCGAGACGCUCAACAAAAUUGGCGACAAUCAGUUUCUGCUGCAGUCGGCGAAAAACUCCGCGUCUUUCGAGUCGUUCUCCGACCAGGCGGACAUUUGGGAGGAAAAGCUGAACAAUCUCGACUACAUUGUAACGCACCUCGGUCAGAUACAGAAGCGGUGGAUCUACCUCGAGCCAAUCUUCGGUGUCGGUACGCUGAAGAAGGAGGAAGCGGUGUUUCGCAGCAUCGACAAGAACUUUCGCUACAUCAUGAAGGAGGUGGCAGAUGAUCCGCGCGUUGUGUCCCUCAAUCGGAUCAAUAACAUCUUGUCGAUCAUCGAGACACUGCAGGGGCAAAUCACACGCUGCCAGAAUGCACUCAGUACGUACAUCAAAUCGAAGCGGAAUGCAUUCUCGCGGUUCUACUUCCUUUCCGACGACGAUUUGCUGGAGCUGCUCGGGCAGUCGUCCAAGGAGAGCAUUAUUCAGAAGCACAUCCGGAAAUUGUUCCCGGGUGUGUAUCGGUUGCUGUUAGAAGGGGACGCAUGUGAGCGAGUGGUCGGAUUUGCCAGCGAAGAGGGUGACGAGGUGUCACUGUUAGAACCGAUUACGGUCCCCGGGACUCCAGUGGAGGACUGGCUCAGCACGCUCGUCGAACGGAUUAAGCAGACACUUCAGCACUCCAUCGGGCAGUGUGUUCAAGGGGCGGACUCAUUCGAUCUCGCCACGAUCGAGCGCUUUCCGAUGCAGGUGAUUUGCCUUGCCAAUGCGAUUCACUUUACCAAGCGCGCCGAAAAGGCCAUCAUUGGUAUGCAGCUGGCAAACCUCAAACAGCACGUGCAAAAUGAAAUCUCCAAGUACUCGACGCUAUUGCAACAAAGUCAGAAUCAUCUGACAAGUGUGAAGCUGCGCUCGUUGCUGAUUGACCUGGUGUACCAACAGACGACGGUGGACUACCUUCUCUCGCACAACGUAACCAACGCCACCGACUGGUACUGGCUGCAGCAGUUGAAGUUUUAUGCCGACCCCAAAGCCAACGUCACUGUGCGGAUGGUUCACGCCGAGUUUCGCUAUUCGUACGAAUUUUUGGGCAACUACAACAAGCUCGUGUACACCUCGCUGGCGCACAAUUGCUACCUCACCCUAACGCAGGCCAUGCAGCUCGGUUUGGGAGGGAACCCGUUCGGUCCAGCCGGCACCGGUAAGACGGAGUGCGUCAAAUCGCUCGGUGCAAUGCUCGGCCGCUUGGUGCUGGUGUUUAACUGCGAUGAAAACAUCGACACGGCUGCGAUGGCUCUCAUCCUUUCCGGAUUGGCUCGGUGCGGUGCGUGGGGUUGUUUCGAUGAGUUCAACCGACUGCAGGAGGCAACACUUUCGUCGAUCUCGAUGCUAAUCCAACCGCUUCAGCGGGCCCUCAAGGACAAGCGCACGGAGGUGACGAUGAACGGCGAAACGAUCCCACUCGAUCAGCAUUGUUGUGUGUUUGUGACGCUGAAUCCGGCUGGCGAGGAGUACGGUGGUCGACAGCAGCUACCGCUGAACCUGCAGGCACUGUUCCGUCCGAUUGCGAUGCAAGCACCACGUCCUCAGCAGAUCGCGUGCGUUACCCUGUUCGUGGAGGGGUUUGUCAACGCGGAACGUAUAGGAGCCCAGAUUGUGGAGUUGUUCGAGUUGGCCCAGAGGAUUCUCUCCCGACAGCGCCACUACGACUGGGGUUUGAGGGAGCUGAAGGCGGUUCUGUUGGCCUGUGGUGGUGCCCUGAACGGUACCGAAGGGAGUCGCUCGUACGAACAGGAGGCCGGUGUUGUGGUGAACGUGAUCCGCUCGAACCUGAUGUGCCGGUUGACGAUUUCCGACGCCAAGCGAUUCGAUGUGCUGCUGGCGAACGUCUUUCCGGAUAUUCCCAUUGUGAGCGGCAGCGACACCGAGCUUCGGGAGAAGCUGGCCGACGCCUUUUCUCUACUCGGUCAGCAGCAGCAUGAACGACAGAUUGAAAAGUGCCUGGAACUGCACGCCCAACUCCAGAAGCGUAUGGGUGUGGUUGUGAUCGGUCCACCACAGUCCGGUAAGACCACCAUCAUAGGACUGCUAAAGGAGGCCCUGGUGGCUCAGGGACACACCAUACGCAUGCACACCAUAUCACCGAAAUCGAUGAACCGAGUUCAGCUGCUCGGGAAGCUUGAUCCGGACACGCGACAAUGGUCUGACGGGGUGCUCACCUCGAUGGCCAUCGCAGUGAACGCCGAGCAGCGCAACGUUACCUCGUGGAUCAUCUGUGACGGAGACGUCGACCCGGAGUGGAUCGAAGCCCUCAACUCGGUGCUGGACGAUAACCGAUUGCUUACGCUUCCCUCCGGUUGGCGCAUUCAGUUCGGAAGCAAUGUAAACUUUAUCUUCGAAACGCACGAUCUCUCGACGGCUUCACCGGCAACGAUCUCGCGCAUGGGCAUCAUCAAUCUGAACGCGGAGGAUCUCCCCUACCAGCUGAUCGUGUCCGGUUGGAUCUCCCGACAACAGGGGGAUCAACACGCCCUUAAGGCGUACUUCGAUCAACACCUGUACCGUGCCAUCGAUUGGAUCGAUGGGCACAAGGAACUACCCACCGGGUACUCGCUGGUAAGCCUUGCCCAAUCCGCCCUGGUAGCCAUCGAGGAUGUCAAGAACGCCGAUCAAUUUUGUACCGAUCUACUGUGCGGCCUAGGCGGUGUUCUCGGAAUGGCGGCCAAAAACUCUCUCUCGAAUCAGGUGUAUGCCUGGGCAGAUAUUGCCAUUACCGAUGGAUCGGUGGCGGAGUUCCACUAUUACAACAGCUUCCGGGACAUGAUCGAACUGUACAGCACGGACGAUAUCAUGGGGGCGGCGAUCGAGAAUGGUACGUACGUGAACGUGCUCGUCAAAACGCCACUAAUGAAGCUAAACGGUGAUCUACUGAGGCGUAUCAUAGCCUCCAAGGAACGCCAGGUGGCGCUUCUGGUCGGUCCGAGUGGCAACGGCAAAAGUCUCCUGCUGCAGACGAUCGUCGGCGAGUUUAGCGGCUACCAGCUGGUAACGAUCAACUGCAGUGCCCAGCUAACGACGGCCAACAUUCUCUACACUCUGAAGCAAAACUCGCUCAUCGUAACGACCGUCAAGGGUAAGGAGUAUCGGCCAAACUUUUCCCGCAUCGUCCUGUACCUCAAGAACAUCGAUCUCUGCCCGGUGGAUUGCUGGGGCACGUGUGAGGUGGUCGAGUUGCUGCUCCAGCUCAUCCACCGGCAUGGCUUCUACUCGGACGGUGUCGAGUGGAUUUCGGUCAGCGGAGUGCAGGUCUGUGCGUCGAUUACGGACCUUGGCAAAACGGUACUCUCACCCCGGUUCCUGUCGAUCAGCCGUCUGGUUCGGUUUGGUUAUCCGAGCGAGCAGGACAUGGAGAGCAUCGUGCGCAGCAUCCUGUUGCCGGUGUACAAUCUGCUGGCCAAGGGUACGGUACGGGUGAAACUACACGAGCUGGUCCGAUCGAUCAUCAACGUGUACCUGACGAUAAACGCACAAUUCCAACACGCCGAGGCAACGCACUACCGCUUCACACCGAAGCUGAUCGAACAGUGGAUCUCGGGACUGCUGUUCUACCCGGAGGAAAACUUUGGCAAAGCGCUGCAGCACGAGUGCCAAAGAAUCUUCCGCGAUCGGUUGGUGUCCCUGGAGGAGCGUCAUCGGUUCGAUGAAAUUUUACGCGAAGAGUUUCGUAUGCUGGAGCAGCUACCAACAAGCGAGCUGUUUGUCCCGAAGGAAGGCGCCCAACGCCGUGGGGAGCUGCAGCUGGUGUCGGCCGACGAGUGGCGUCAAGCAGUCGGCCAUAGUGUGUCUAUUUGCACCUCGGAGAGUGUCAUCAUCGAUCUCCCAAUGGGCGAUGCCUUCUGUGAAACGGUAGCCGCCAUCUGUCGUGCCCUGUCACGUCCUUACGCCAAUCUAGUACUCACCGGGCGGGCUGGUUCCGGUCGGUUACAAGCUCUCUACACAGCCUGCACGUUGCUAAGUGUCCGGGUGGCAUUCCCACAACUAUCCCGCCACUACUCGAUGGCGGAGUUCAACAACGAUCUCAAACUGGUACUGCAGAACGCCGCCCUCGAGAACGAACCGGUGGCGUUCGUGUUGCACCAUUCCGUCACCGGAUACCUUCCGGACGCGAUGAAGACAUGCGAAGCCAUCCUGGCCGGUGGUGAUCUGGUGGACUUUUUCGGUGAUGAUCUGGAAAACAUUGCCGCACCGCUCAAAGCCCAGGCUGCGCUGGAGUCGUACCAGAUGUCGCUGGCGGCGUACUUCCUGCAGCGGCUUCGGAUGAACUUUCACCUCGUGGUGGUGCUGGAGUCCGGUUCGCCGACGGUGCGCACGCUGUUCGAGAGAUACCCGGCGUUGUAUCAAAAGACGGAGAUGAUUUGGAUGCUGCCGGAGUGCGUGUCCCGGGUGGAGGAUCUCCGUCGAUAUUUGCACGGUAUAGAUGGAAGCGCUGGAACGGGCGAACUGAAGAGCGUUGAACAGGUACCCCUUCCGGCGUACUUCAACGAUCUCAUUGCUGUAGGUCUAACCGAGUGGAGUCACUGUCCGCUGCGCCGGGUAUUGUUGAUGCGGGCAUACUUUCACCUGUACGCGCAAGAGAAGAUCGGCAAGGAGCAGUACAAGGCUAAGAUCCAGAUCGGUGUGGAUAAACUUUCAGAAACGCACCGCGUAGUCGAGAAGCUAAAGAUCGAGGCGCAGGAAAAGCAGCAGGCGCUGGCCGAGAAGCGCAAACUGGCCAACCAAUCGCUGGAGAUGAUUUCCAACACGAUGCAUUCGGCGAACGAUAAGAAAACGGAACUGCUCGAAUUGCAGCGCCAGACGCAGGAAAGCAGCGAGAAGCUGAUCGAACGCAAGCGCGCCAUCGAGGAGGAGCUGAGCCUGGUGGAACCGACACUGCGCGAGGCCAGUGCCGCCGUCGGUCAGAUCAAAACGGAAGCCCUCUCGGAGAUCCGGUCACUGCGCGCCCCGCCGGAAAUCGUACGCGACAUCCUCGAGGGCGUGCUCCGACUGAUGGGCAUUCGCGAUACGUCGUGGAACAGCAUGAAGACGUUCCUGGCUAAGCGGGGCGUAAAAGAGGACAUCCGGUCGCUCGAUCCGUCCCGCAUUGGGCCGGAAAACUGUGCCGCCGUCGAGAAGCUGCUGCAGGCGAAGGCAGACUCGUACGAGCAGCGGAAUGCCAAGCGAGCAUCGGCGGCCGCCGCCCCACUCGCCGCGUGGGUCAUCGCGAACGUCAAGUACGCCAAGGUGAUGCAGAGCAUCAAACCUCUCGAGCGCGAGCAGAACCAGCUGAAGGAAAACCUUGACCAGGCGGAGGCCGAAAUGCAAUCACUUUCCAGCGGGCUGGACAACGUGAACGACACGGUGCGGAGUUUGUCCGAGCAGCUGAACGUGUACACGCAGGAGGCGGCCAUGUUGGAGAUAAAACUGGAUGAAGCAAAAAACACUCUCCACACCGCAGAAAUACUGGUUCAGAGCCUAAAUACCGAGUACACGAGUUGGAGCAAGGAAUUGGACGAGUUGAACCAUGCGAUCAAACAUCUGGAUGGAAGAUGCUUUCUGACCGCCCUCAACAUAGUACACCUCUCGCAGCUGAGUCUCGAGGAGCGAAGGUCCUGCAUGGCGAAGGUGGCUCAGCUGACAAACACCACCGCGUUCGACAUGGACCAGGAGCUGGUCUCCAACCAGGACAAGAUCAUUUGGGAAAGCAUGGGACUCACGGCGGACCAGCAAUAUCGGGAGAAUGCGAGUAUGCUCGUGAAGUACCUCUCGCUGCCCUACGCCUCGACCCCCGUCCCGCUGCUGGUCGAUCCGUCCGAGUACGGGCAGCGGUGGCUAGCGAACUAUUUGUCCUAUCUUGGGCGCACCUACGAGGUGACGAGCCAGGGAGCGGAACGGUUCGGCUACAGUCUCGAGCUAGCCGUUCGGUUCGGGAAGAUAUUGCUCGUUAAAAACGUUAACGUCAUUGAGCCACCACUUUUGACGCUCUUCUGCACGGCCGUUCAGAGUCGGUUCAACAAGCGAUUGCUGCAGGUGGGCAAUAAAGCGAUCGACCUGCACGACGACUUCAAGCUGAUACUGGUCACGCAGAACGAGGGGUUGGAGCUCGGGGCGGAACUGCGGGCGCAGCUGAUGUCGCUUCGGUUCACCACCACCACGGCCGGACUGACGGACGUCCUAACGUCGAAAUGGGUAAACGCCCAGCAACCGGAGAUCGAGCGCAAGCGCACGGAGCUGCUGCAGGAAGAGGGAAAACUGAUGAAGGAGAAGCUGAACCUACAGGACAAACUGCUGCAGGAGCUUUCGUCGGCCCAGGGGGAUCUGCUUAAAAACGAGCCAUUGCUGAACACACUCAACAGCAUCAAGAGCAGUACGGGGGCCAUCGAGCAGGCGCUGGAAGAGUUCACGCAAGUCCGUGACACGAUCAUGCAACACUACACCCAGCGGACGGAAUUGAGUGGCAUGGCGGCCCGGUUGUACAUGGGCAUCCGUCGGUUCUACGCCAUCAACGUAGGAAAGUACGUGACGAUUUUCCUCUCCGUCAUCGACAACGAUAAGCACACGGGCCAGGAGGAGCUGUACAGGAUUCUGGUACGGCGCGUCUACUCCCUACUGAGCCGUAGCAUUCCGAAGGAUGACCAGAUCAUUCUAGGGCUUAACGUGUGCAAGCAAGCAUUCCCGGAGCUUGCUCCCGAAAGGGAAUGGGAAUCGUUCGUACACAACUUCACCAACGUCGAAGUGACCGGUGGGGAAGGGCACUGCCCCGCCUGGAUAAGGCCGGAGUUGAGCGGGAAAGUGCUCGCCCUGCAGUCACUCCUCCCAGACCUCUACCGUCGGCUAGAUCUGGCGAACGAAACAGCCUGGCGCAAGUACAUCGAAGCGGAUGAAGCCGUCACCCCGGUAUCGUUGAGCGAGUUCCAACAGAUUCUAAUAGCGCAAGUCCUCCGGCCGGAUCUACUCAUCAAAACGAUCCACCGAUCGGUGCGCAACAUGCUCGGUAUCAAAACGCUCUACAGUACGCGCCCCUCGAUCCGGUGUCUCGCAGAGGAAUCGUCCCCCACGGAACCACUCCUGCUGGUCACCGCAUCCGGGAUGGAUCCGUCGGAGGAAAUCCGCGAGCACGCACGCCAAACACCCGGCAUAGGGUUGGCCAAGUACGGCGAGUUCGCCAUCGGCAAGGGACAGGAGAUGGAAGCCCUGAAGCUCGUGAAGGAUGCGGCCAACACGGGCAGCUGGAUCUGCAUCAAGAACGUUCACACGGUGCCGAACUUCCUGGUGGGAACGCUGGACGAUGCGCUCAAGACAAUCAACUUGGCCGAAGGGUUUCGGCUGUGGUUGACCACCGAGACGGACCAGCACAUCGGGGAGGUGUUUCUAAAGAAGUGCCUCAAGGUGCUGUACGAACCGCCGACGGGUUUGAAGCACAAGCUGAAGCUUCUGCUGGAGCAACACUCGGACGCGAUCGGUGCCAAGAAGAGGGACUACAAAACGAUCAAGCUGUACGUCGGCUUGUUCCUCUUGCAUUCGAUCGUGCAGGAGAGAAGAUCAUACAUCCCACAAGGUUGGAGUAAAAGGUACGACUUCUCCGAUGCGGAUCUACGCUCCGCCAUGGAUAUGAUACAGUACGUCGAAAGUUCGGCGGCUGGUGUUAGUCAAAGAAUUCCCUGGCCACUGGUGCAAGGAUUGAGCGAGAAAUUGAGCUACGGUGGUCGGAUAGACAACGAUCAGGACUUUACCCGCCUGGAGUGUCUCAUACGAGAGUUUGUCGACGAGAAGAUCAUGACAAGCCGUUGGCAACCAAUGUUCCUCAACAUAACCGUGCCUAACUCAAGUCACGUAGAGGACUACAUGAAAGCGUUUGAUCAACUGCCGGACACGGACAGUCCCACACUGUACGGUAUUCCCGCGUCAACGAAUGCCUCGCGGGAUCUCAUCUUCUGCCGGAAUACGCUAAAAAUCCUACGCUCCCAGUACUUCUCCUCGGGGACGGUACAAAACUUCGAGAAACGGCUCCGCCCGAUUGUCGGCCUGUGGCAUAAGCUCUCAUCGGGUCCGACCACGGCUUCUUCCUCGACCAUCGUUCGGCUGGAUUCGCUCAUCGAACGAUCGCGCGACAGCACCGAACCGUGGACCAUUUUCAUCGUAUCGGAGCUGACGGUGGCCCGCAAUCUGCACGCGACGAUCGACGCUAACUUUCAAACACUGAAAAUGGCGCUCAAAGAUGCGGGUCUGCUGAACGCAAAGGAUCGCGCCUUACUGGCCACGAUCUGCGACAAUCUGGUGCCGGUGCAGUGGCGUCGCCUCUGGAGCGGACCGAAGACAGUCAUCGAGUAUCUGCGGGCGGUCAGCUGGAAGACGAACCACGCCGAGAGGAUGUUUGGAGACUUACUCGAACGGCAGACGAUCGAACGGGUCGAUUUCAAUCAUCUCUUCAAUGUGCAGGCCAUGCUGACGGCCCUUAAGCUUUGUCGAUCGAAACAGAGGGCCAUCUCCACCACCGAGCUAAUGCUUUGUGCCACUUUCGGAGGCGGUAGUGGUGGUGUUGCGAAGAAUGGUGGCGUUAUGGUGGCACCACUAUUGAUUGAUGGUGGUACAUUGAAGCAUAAUAAAUUGGCCAUACAGCAAUCGUCGACCGACGUCAACACGACGGGCCAGUUUGAGUUAAACUACAAUCCAAAGGAAUCGACGGCAGCGGCGAAAACAGUCCGGGUCGACGUCCUCCCAGUACCGUUGUACAACAAUAUUUCCCGCGAUGUGCUGUUGUGCACGAUCGCGAUGGAAGUGGCACCGGGUUUGAGCAAAACUGCCCUUAUUUCCGCCGGUAUUGCGUUGAUUAUACCGGAAACAUAUCAGUGAACCGUUUUUAACAUAGUGUUCAACAAAGCACAUCAAUCAGGAGAGGCUAACGUUUAGAACUUAAGAAUAGCAAUAUGUACACGUUUUAUUUUAAUUUUCUUCUAUCACGGACCGUGGACCACGCACCAGUAAAUAAAACUGAUUAAGGCUACGCCUUGAUUCCCUCACCAGUGCCGUUUGUGGGUGUCGUCGUCGUCGCUUGAUCCGAACCGCCCGCAAGAGACGAUCGGGAUGGUCGAUCGAGAUUGCGAAUCAUUGCCGUCGGCGGACCUUGCAGGACUUUGCGCGAGAGACGCAUGAAACCGGACACCGGGUCGCGGCCGAAGUAUUUCACCUGUAUUUCGGUACCGACCAGCAGACCGAGGGCAGAGGGAUG